GCACUUUGCGCGUUUUCCACCCACAUGAUGUGCCUGACCCCCAUGCCGGCCUGGGGCUGGUAUAAAUGCUCAAUGGCAUCGACGGAGGGCAGCAAUUCAUAGGCAGGCAGACAGACAGGCAGUUCAGAGUCCAGUGCGCCUGCCGUCUGCCAUGUCACCGCUGCAGCUGAGCACACUCUGUGCCUGUCUGGUGGCAUCCACCGGCUUCAGUCUGAACCCGCUGAAUCCGCUGGUAAAGCGACUGCUGUCUCCUUACUCAGCACCAGUGCCACCCAACUGGCUGCCCGAGCAGAAGCGUGCUGCCAUGGGAGCCAUGGAUGACGAUGUCUUCGGCAUGCCUUUGUCUCCCGAGGACUUCGCCAACGCCGCCAGCAUUGCCGACGACGCGCCCAAGACCGGGCCUGGCAUGGAGGAUCCCAUUGAGAUGGCCGGCCUGUUCGAGGGUGACAUCGCCCACAUGGACAAGGACAUGAUGAUGGCCGUAAUGGACAGCGAGCUGGCCUACGACGGGGAGGACAACAUGGUCUUCCGCAACGCCAUCCGUGAGGACAGCAGCCUCUGGCCGAACGCCGAGAUUCCCUAUCUCAUCUCGUCCAGCUACUCCAAACACGAGAGGGCCGUCAUCGCCAAGGCGGUGAUGGCGUUCGAGGACAACACGUGCAUCCGCGUUGUGCCGCGCACCACGCAGAAGAACUACAUCCACGUGCGGAAGGGCUCCGGCUGUAGCAGCGCCGUCGGUGUCAUCGGCGGCGCCCAGGAGCUCUCGCUUGCUGACGGGUGCGUCUACCCUGGAGUUGUAAUGCACGAGUUCAUGCACGCAGCCGGCUUCUGGCACGAGCAGAGUCGCGGCGACCGCGACGACCACAUCGUCAUCCACUGGAGCAACAUCAUCUCCGGCAUGGACUACAACUUCCACAAGUACCCGUGGAGUCGCAUCCAGCACCUGGACGAGCCGUAUGACGUGACCUCCAUCAUGCACUACGGGCCGUACGCGUUUGCCGCCAACCGCAAGAAGCCUACCAUCACACCAAUCAAGGCCACCAACCAGAUGGGACAGCGUAACGGCUUCUCCGCCAUCGAUAUCCGCAAGCUGAACAAGCUCUACAAGUGUCAGGGUGGCGGCGGAGGCGGCGGCGUUACAGUUAGCACGACUGAGGCGCCUAAGCCGGCCUCCUGUGAGGACAACAAUAAAUGGUGCAGCGCCUGGAGCGACCGCGGCGAGUGCACCAAAAACCCCGUCUGGAUGAAGGUCAACUGCGCCAAGUCCUGCGGCACCUGCAAAUCCUGCUCGGAUCACAACGCCUACUGCUCGUCCUGGGCGCGCAACGGCGAGUGUGCCAAGAACUGGAGCUACAUGAGCGUCUACUGCCGCGACUCGUGUGGCCUGUGUCUCGACAGCAGCGGGGCCACACCCAGCACCUGCAUCGACAACAACAAAUACUGCACCGCCUGGGCCAAGGACGGUGAAUGCACCAAAAACCCCGCCUACAUGCUGAAGGACUGCAAAAAGGCCUGCGAUGCCUGCUAAGCGGCGAAGCUGCUACACAUGAAAUGAACACUGACGUGAAUUUUAAGGGAAUGGAUCUUGACUGACAAAGACGGUAGGGCACACUGGGAAGUCGUCAUAGAUUGUUGUUGUUAGAAGUGUUCUACUGUUGUCUGUUGCACGUUUGAGUGUCUGAAAUACGCUGGACAUGGAUGCACGUUUUACUGUCUGGGAAUAAGUAUUCAGGGACAUGCAGCGUGUGUGAUCGGUGUAUGUAAAUAGGCUUGUUAUUGUACGAUGGUAUGGUAUAUUUAGUAUGGUAAGCGGUACUUGUUUUUUACUUUUUUACCGGGAUGUUUUCUUGGAGUUGAAUAAAUCAAGCUAAUGGUUGUGGUACA